AUGGCAGAACCAAUUGUCUCUACCGUUGUUGGGAAUAUCAUUGGACGGUUGAGCUCUGAAGCUGUGAAAAAAAUUGGAUCUCUAUGGGGAGUAAAUAAGGAGCUCGAAGAUCUCGAAAAAGCCAUUUUAAGCAUCAAAGCACUGGUUGUUGAUGCAGAGAAGAAGCUGCAGGAUGUCCAUGACAAUGACAGAAAUCAAGUUAGAAGGUGGCUGAAGAGGCUAGAAGAUGCUAUUCUUGGUGCUGAUGACUUGUUGGACGAAUUCUCCUCCUAUGAGGCUGAACGACAAAUGGGGAUCAUGGUUGAUUGUAAGGAGGUGACAAAGAAGAUAUGUACCACUUUCUUCUCAGUCUCGAAUAAAUUACUAGCUGGCUUGCGUCAUGAAAAAAUCAAAAGUAUGCAUGAUAGACUAGUUUCGAUUAAGGAUGAUAGAGAAUUCCAUUUGGAGGAGAAUAAUACAAUUAAUGUCACUCUUUCUGACGAUGAGGGCAGAGAAAAGAUGGCAAUCAUGGAAUGUCUAUUGGAUCCCAAAAUUAAUGAAGAAAAUAAUGUAUCAGUAUUUGCCACGAUUCAUUACUGGUCGUCCGACAAAAAUGCACUUGUUAGGGGAGUGUUUGAUGAUGAGAAGGUCGUAAAUCAUUUUGAUUUAAGAAUGAGGUUUGACAUCGCUGAUUUAAAUUUGAAUGAGAGAAGAGUCAUUGGAGGAAUAUUAAAAUUUGAUUAUGAUGAGAGCAUAGAGAUGGAUCAGUUACAUAAGGUACUUUGUGAAAUAAUAAAGGGAAAACGUUAUCUCCUUGUACUCAAUAAUAUAGAUAAAAGCAACGGUGAAAUAUGCGGGAAAAGUUUGAAAUCUUUAUUAUUAGGCGACUGUGCAAAUGGGAGUAAAAUAAUAGUAACUUCAUUGGGAAUAAAAGCUGUUGCAGAUUUUGUGAGUGCAGUGGAACCAUAUAUUUAUAAGAGACCGUUAGAUCCCGAAGAAUCUUGGAAUCUAUUUAAAAAUGUGGUUUUUAAGAAUAAUGGACAGGAGGAACAGGAGGAGGCAAUGAUAAAUAGUUCCAAAAUUGUGGAAAUUGGAAAAAGUAUUGUUGAGAGAUGUAGAGGGAAUCCUUUUACCAUAAGGACGAUUGGGAGCAUGUUGUUGUUGGAUAUGGAAUCUGAGAAUAAGAAUAAUAAUAAUAAUAAUCCUGCAGAAGCAGAAUAUUGGUUCUCCAGCUUUCUGGAAAAUUUCUCAAAAAUCCCUCAACAAAAUAUUAAUGCGUUACUAGUGCUAAAACUUGGUUGUUAUGAUAUUCUCCCAUUGGCUUUGAAACGUUGCUUUCUCUACUAUUGUAGAUUAUUUCCUAAAGGAUUUGAAAUAGAAAGUGAAACCUUAAUAAAUCUUUGGGUGGAACAAGGGUUUAUUUAUUCUGACUCAUCAUCAGAAAAAUCUCUGGAGGAUGCGGGUUAUGAGCACUUUGAAUAUCUCUUGCAGAGGUACUUCUUUGAAUUUACCAAGAGGGAUGAAUAUUUCCGGUGCAGCUCCUUUCGCGUGCCGGACCCUAUGCAUGAGCUUGGAAUUCUUGUAUCGGGAGCGACAAGAUCAACUCAAUGGGUAUCUUUUGAAUUAGUAUCAUCAUCAAAAAUUCCAACUUCAGUAGCGUUUCAAGCAAAAAGACUUCGAGCAUUAAGUGUUUUGCCUAACGAUCAGUUGCGCAGGAAAACUGAAGAGGGACUAAAUCAGUCGAUCUGUGAUAAGAUUAUCUCAAAUUGUAAAUUGGUACAUCUGUUGGUUUUGCAUAAUUCAGGAAUGGAAAUGAUGCCAGAUUCUAUUGGUAAGUUGAAGCAUCUAAAAUAUUUGGAUAUUUCUGGGAAUCCGGAUAUCGAGGCAUUGCCCAAUUCAAUUGCAAUGCUUCAUUGUUUGAUAACGCUGAAGUUGUCCUCAUGUUACGGACUCAAAGAGUUGCCAAGAGAUAUUAAGAAACUAAUCAGCCUCAAACAUAUUGAGAUUGAUUGGUGCUACAGUUUGACUCAUAUGCCUCGUGGACUGGAUCAGCUAACUCAGCUUGAGAAGUUAUCAGAAUUUGUGUUAUUGAAUUAUAAGAAGGGUAAUAUUGGAAAUUCAUGUUCCCUAAAAGACUUGGUGAAGCUAAAAAAUUUGAGAGGAGAGCUAAAAAUUAGAAGUUUGGGAAAUCUAAAAGAAGAUUAUUCUGACAAAAUAUUGAAGGCAAAAAAGCAUCUUACAUCCUUAACACUGUUUUGGGAUUUCACUACUAAUGUGGGGGUCGAUAAUGCAGCAGUUGAAAAGCAAAUGGAAUGCCUGGAGCCACACCCAACUAUUUCAGAAUUAGCUUUAAUGGGAUAUAAGGGUAUCAAGUUUUCUGAUUGGCUUUCUUCUCUAAGAAAUUUGACACGACGUCGCCAUAACACUAGUAGUGCUGGAAAAUAUUUAUUAAGAUCCCUGGUAGAAAUUAGGCUUACAGAAUUGCCUAAUCUAGAGGGAUGGUGGCAAAAAGAACAUUCUACAUCAUCAUCAUCACUGCCAUCAUUUGGCAGACUGGACAAAUUGGUCAUUGAAGAUUGCCCCAAGUUGCAUUCCAUGCCACUCUACGUGAAUUUGAGGGAUUAUCUAGUGUUGGAUAAUACUAGCUUCGACACAUUCCAACACACAAUCAAUGCUCCUCAGAGUGAUAGCACCUUGUCUCCCCUUUACCAGUUGAAUACUUUGUGUAUCAUUGGGAUCAAGAAGCUUGACAUUACCCAGUGUGAUAACAUCACGUGGGAACGCCUUCAAAGACUACGCUUUCUGAGAUUGGAUUAUCUACCAAAACUAGACAAGCUCCCUGAAGGCCUGCAACAUCUUACUGCACUCGGAGAACUCCAUAUUUGGCGCUGCAAUAUCAAAACUCUUCCAGAAUGGAUAGGGAAUUUCAAGUAUCUUGAAAAGCUUGGAAUUUCAGUUUGUCCUUAUUUGAAUUCACUGCCUCAAGCACUAGAAAGCCUCCACGAAUUAGAAACACUGGAGAUUGAUGAUUGUCCCAUCUUAUUCCAAAGAUGCCAAAAGGAAACCGGUAAAGAUUGGGAUAAGAUCAAACACAUUCCAAAUAUGAAAAUCCACCGACCUCAAUCUUCUCUCUCACCUCGAUUUUAA